CGGCUACUUCGUCGCAGACUGUUACGGUUUGCAAAAGUAGCAAGAGAGCACACUGCCAACCUAGAUGCUUCCAUACACACAAUGUACCUACCACCACCUUCACCGCCGCCAGAAUCCAUUCUCCAUACACCACGAUCCAUGCCACAGACAUGCAGUUUCGAGGGAAAUCCCGACAUAUACGGUCCGGGAAUUCGCGUAGGAAUCUACUGCCAAACAAUCGCAGUGUGGUUCGCAAAUUACUUUCUCUCCUCCCAAGUCCUCCCUCUUCGAGACACCGUUACGGUGUUCACCAUCGCCGUUCUCAUCUCGCUCCUUAUGAUCGCUGCGGACCCCACCUCCGUAUAUGCUGUGGAGGCGUUUCUGAUGCUGCAGAUUCUCACAUGGGGAUGCCUCAUAGGCGUGGUUGGAAAAUCGGCAUUUACGUGGGCAUAUUGGGGAGCGCGGACGGCGGUGCGGCACUCCGUGAAUCAGUUUAUUGAUGUCCUGGCUUGGAGCCUGCAAAUAUGGUUCUGGUGGGGAGGGAUGGAUCGUAUGAAAAAGAUGGAGAAUGGGUGUGUGACAUGGAUGAUGUAUAUUUGGAAGGUGGAUUUGUUCGGUUGGGCAAGGAAAGUUAUGAUGGUAGUCACGUUGUUAGCCUUGGUGUCUCGAUUGUAUUGGUGUGCUUAUCAUCUUUUGGAAAGUUGGAUUGCGUGGGAAAUGGAGAAAAGUGGAACGAGAAGGAAAUUUGUGGAUGCAGUAAAGAGGUGGGAAGAAAUGCUGGAAAAAGAGGACGAGUCUACAAACGCAUCGACACAGACGUCUAUAAACCCAGGAGAGCCGACUGUUGAAACCGAAGGAGAGAAUGGCCGCCCCGCUGCGCAUGAGACUUGCUCAGAAAAUCCUCGUUCUCCAUGUCCACGUACGGAGUCGCUCCCGACACUGGAUCGUGAGGCCACACUCGUUCAACGCUCAAAUCCGCCUGCUACAUUACCCGUGCCUAACACAAACCACUCUUCGCCAGUGGAAGGCACUUCACAAACAUCUCCAAUAAGCAAUACAUCGGGAACAGCGUUGCAGAACUCACCGCAAACAUCACAAUCGACCGAGGACCUCGCCAUACUCCAACAGGUUCGCCAGAGCGAGCUCUACAUUGAAGCAUGUAUAUCAGCAUGCCCCUUCCGUACCGAUAAACCCCUCACUCCUGGCAUUUUCCUGAGGAGCUUGUUCUACUCGCCCCGACCCCCACUUCCUAAUGUCUCUGCAAAACCUCCAUACACACCUCCUCCGUCGUGGAUAUCGUGUUUCCUUCAAGAACACCGUCGGGUGCUUACCUUUGACGUCCCACGUCAUACCUGGAUCUUUUACACAUACCUUCGCACCUCAAUGACGCUCAAUCCCCUUACUGCACCUUUCCAGCUCUACGCCUCUCUCACUUAUAUCAAACCUCUUCCUUCAUGGCACAUCAUUGCUCUCGCAUCAAAUCUCCUGGUCCUAUCUCCAUCACGACCUAAGAAAGUCUCACCAUGGCUAGCAUGGUAUUUCACUUUCCAAGACUUACUAGUGCAUGUUCUGGUUAUAUUGCAAGUUGAAUUGACGCUGCGGUGGAACGGAGUGACGGGAUUGAUGGGCUUGAGAAGUGUGGGACAGUUGAUUCCUUGCGUGAUUGGGGUGACAGGACUAGUGCUCGUGGCGAGCAGGUGGGUAAGUAAAUGGUGGUCACGCAAGGACAUGAGUAACGAAAAAGAACAUCUAAGCCUCGAAAUGGUUCCCCGUAGGAGGCAAGAUUUGGAGGCGGAUUCUUCGAAACGAAUUGUUGAAGGAUAUAGGCGGUGGAAAGAAUCACUUGGAUAG